CUUGCUGUUUUUGCGGUUUGUGCGUUAUUUGUUUGCAUUGUGUUUUUUAUUCUACAUGUUUAUGCAUAUUUAAUUUUAAAAAAAGUCAUGGAUGUCCAAAAGCAUUCUGUACAUACGUUAGUUUUUCGAUCUUUGAAAAGAACCCAUGAUAUGUUUUUGUCUGAUCAAGCUAAUCCUCCACCACCUAAUGAAGUGAGUGACAGGUUGAAAAGAAUGAUAAAAGCAAGAGAUGAGUUUGGAUCAGUGAUGCAUCUUGUGAAGAAUAAAAAUAUCCAUGAUGACGGUAAAGAAGAUUCUCAUAUGGAUAAUUCUAGAAAUGAAGAAAGCAGUAUCAACAAUUUUGAACGAAGAACAAUAGUUAGUGAGUUCGAAGGACGGGAACUUUAUGAAACAGAUGCACCGCCACCAGGAAUGGAGGAUAUGUACCAGACUCCAACACCUGCCGUGCCACCGUCUCAAGCAUUGGUUCUGGCCGGACAACAGCAACAAGCUUUAACUUUAAGACGUAUGCCUAGUAUUCCUAAACCUCAAUGGCAUCCCCCAUGGAAAUUAUACAGAGUUGUAAGUGGACAUUUAGGUUGGGUUCGAUGCUUAGCAGUUGAGCCUGGAAAUGAAUGGUUUGCUACCGGAUCCAAUGACAGAAUAAUAAAAAUCUGGGACCUUGCAAGUGGAAAAUUAAAACUUUCUCUAACUGGACACAUCAGUGCUGUAAGAGGCCUUGCCAUCAGUGCUCGACAACCAUAUUUAUUUUCAUGUGGUGAAGACAAACAAGUUAAAUGUUGGGAUUUAGAAUACAACAAAGUAAUAAGACAUUAUCAUGGUCAUUUGAGUGGCGUGUAUGCUAUAGCUCUUCAUCCAACUAUUGACAUAUUAGUCACUGGUGGUCGAGACUCGACUGCUAGAGUAUGGGAUAUGAGAACAAAAGCUAACAUUCAUACGUUAUCAGGUCAUACCAAUACAGUUGCUAGUGUUCAGUGUCAAGCUACAGAACCACAAGUUAUGACCGGUAGCCAUGACUGUACCAUUCGUCUUUGGGAUUUAGUUGGUGGUAAAACUCGAGUUACCCUGACGCAUCACAAGAAGAGUAUCCGAGCUCUGCUUAUUCAUCCAACACUGAACAUGUUUGCAUCUGGUGCUCCAGACAACAUCAAACAGUGGAGGUGUCCUGAUGGAAAUUUUGUCCAAAAUUUGAGUGGUCACAAUGCUAUUGUAAACUGCCUUGGUAUCAAUUCUGAUAAUGUUUUAGUGUCUGGCGGAGAUAACGGUACUCUUUACUUUUGGGAUUGGAAAACUGGCUACAAUUUUCAGAGACUUCAAGCACCUGUGCAGCCUGGUUCUAUUGAUUCUGAAGCAGGUAUUUUUGCUUGUACUUUUGACCAAAGUGGAAGUCGACUUCUAUCCGCAGAAGCUGAUAAAACUAUCAAAAUUUUUAAAGAAGAUGAAACUGCAACUGAGGAAACUCAUCCUGUUAACUGGAAACCAGAAAUUUUGAAAAGGAAAAGAUUCUAAAUUGUUAUAUCUUUUAGUUGUUGUGAUCAGUUCUAUAUUGAUUGGCAUCUGAAAUUUAUACAUUUUAAAAUGUAUUCUCAUAAUUUUACAUUUUUUUUUCUUGUUACAAUACUCUAAAUUCAAAAUAAUCAUUGUUAUUAUAUUAAAUCCUGUUAUGUUGUAUUUUUCACUUUUAGCAUAAUAAAUUGUUUAUCAUUUCA